AUGUCAAAUCCUGCCUUGAGAAAAACGACUCCUGCAGGAAAUGAUAUGAAGAGUGCCACUCAGGGGACCACUCUGAGGCAAGAGGGUUUUCAUGAAGUGAACAAAAGAAGAACUUUCUUACAGGAUAACAGCUGGAUAAAGAAACAUCCUGAAGAACAAAAAGAUGAAAAUUUUGGUAGGGCAGUGCUCAACCGGCAUAACUCCCAUGAUGCCUUGGACAGGAAAACAAAUGAGAGCGAUGAGCCAAAGGCCACUAUUAGUCGGUACAGAUCUGAUGACACUUUAGACAGAAGCCUGUCCACGUUUAGAUCACCAGAAGCAACAAAGCUACAACCUGGCAAUUUGUUCAGCACAAACACCACUAACACCAUGGCUUCCACAUCUGUUACUACUCCUGUAAAGAAAAAGAGACAAUCCUGGUUUCCGCCACCCCCUCCAGGUUAUAAGGCCACCGCAAACCCAGGAGCAAGCAGAAGGGACCCAGAUGUUCACCCUCCAAUCCCUCCAAAGCCCGGUUCUCCAGUUUCUUCUAACCUGAGACAGGAUAAUAGGACUCAGGAUCGUGAUAACAUCGUCAAAGUGGCCACUUCACCUCAGAAAGGUGACAAGGGCUCCAAAGACCUUGAUAAUCUAAUCAAAGUGAUACCAGAAACGGGAAAAAGUGUCCAAAGGGGCCAAAGUCUUGAUAAUCUCAUCAAAGAGGUUCCUGAAGCAAACAGAACUAAGCAAGGGAACCAAGACCCGGAUAAUCUUAUCAAAGUGAACCCCUCAGCAAACAAAAGUAGUGAACAAGGUGUGGAUGAACUUAUUAAUGUAAAACCCAAAGCUGUCAGAAAAACUCCUGGAAACCAAGAUCUGGAUAAGUUCAUCAAAGUGAAUCCUGAAACUCUAACAAAGCAAAGAAACCAAGACCUCAGUAACUUCAUCAAAGUGAACCCUGCAGUAAUCAGAAGCAAUCAGAGCCAAGACUUGGACAAUCUUAUUAAAGUGAAACCUUCAGCUCUCAGAAGCACUAAACGGUUAAUGACCUUGCCAGACUUUCUUGACCCGUUCCCAAGUCUAGAGUAG